GGUAGGCAACGAAGAAGAAUAAGAACCGACAUGGCGGUCCCGGCAGGUCGGUCAGUGGUGUUUGUCACUGGAAACGCGAAAAAACUUGAAGAGGUAAUUCAGAUUCUUGGUGAUAAGUUUCCCUAUAAACUUAUCUCAAAGAAAAUCGACUUGCCUGAAUACCAAGGAGAGCCUGAUGAGAUUUCCAUCCAGAAAUGCAAGGAGGCUGCAAAAGAGAUUGAUGGCCCAGUCAUCGUGGAAGACACCUGUCUGUGUUUCAAGGCAUUGGGAGGAUUACCAGGCCCAUACAUAAAGUGGUUCCUGGAUAAACUUAAACCAGAAGGCUUGUACAAACUCCUCGCCGGCUUUGAGGAUAAAUCCGCAUGGGCUCUCUGCACCUUUGCCUUCACACCUGGAAAAGACCAGCCAGUGCAGCUUUUCAGAGGAAUAACACAGGGGCGCAUCGUGGAACCGAGGGGACCUCGAGACUUUGGAUGGGACCCAUGUUUCCAGCCGGAAGGUUAUGACAAAACCUAUGCAGAGCUGCCUAAAGAAGUAAAAAACUCCAUCUCUCACCGAUACCAAGCACUAGCGGCCAUGUCGGAACACUUUUCACCACAAGCCAAGCGUAAGAAGACUGAUCAUGGAGAGGCUGCGUUAUCGUAGAAAAUACAACUGAGUUUAAUGUGUGCUUGGAUUUUUUUUUUUUUUUUUUUUUUUUUUUUUUUUAAUAAGUGUGUUAUUCUAAAGGGGAAACAUGAAGAAAACAUACACACAUUUUAGUCAGUGAAUCAAAAGCUAUUUUACUGUUCCUCCCUGGCUCUUUAAGAUGUAAUCUGGCAAGUGUUAGUGUACGUUUCAGUAAGUAUUCACUGUGCUUUGCUUUUCCCUUAUAUCAUUUUAAAUCAUUAUAACAAAAGCAGACUGCACAGACAACUGAGCUAAACACCCUGUUGCUUCUUUUGAGGCAUCGAGAGUGAGGCUGUAACCGUUUCACUUAUUUUAAAUUCAUUUUUUUUCUGAAAUUUAAAUAUGACCCACAAACUUAAUCAUGCAAGUCAAUUCAACUAAUUUUAUCAAGUUCACAAUAUUAACUUCAUCAAAUGAGUUAAGAAUUGAAAAAAAUAAAAAAAGUUAGGGUACUUAAUUAAGUAGACAUAACUUGAAUUCUUAAGAUCUUAAGUUAGCAUGACUAGGAAGUUUUCAUCUUUUAGAGUGCAAGCACGUGCGGGGGGCGGAGGGUGCUUGAGUACCUGCCUCUUUGCCCCUAUAUGCCCAAAGGGCCCCUUUUGACUUUUUUUGUUGUUGUUGUUGUGCGUAUGUGUGUGCUGGCCGACUGUGCAGGCACGCCCCAAGUACUUUACUUGAAGACCGAAAACACCUUUAAAUUUAAAAAAAAAAUUAUUAUUAUUAUUUUUUUUUUUAAAGCUGUCCGUGUGCCAAUAAGCCGGUGCAUAACCUCACCCCCUCCCUGUCACGCUGUUCCUCUGUGACCUGGGUGUGUGGUGAGGAGUCUGAGGUCAUCUAGUGGUUGAAAACAAACGGUGGUAUUCGAGCUGUUGUGAAAAUUCUUACACCAGGUUUAUUGGGGUUUUUUUUUUCAAAUAAUAUGUAAUUUUCUCUUAUAUAGUUUUCUACUUUCAUAAUGAAUUACACCCCGCCCCAAAGCUAUUUCGACCCGUGUGUCUCUACUCUCUAUAGGCAACCAUAUUUGUCUGUUCUCUUCACAACGUUAUCUAGAAAGGUACACAUCUUUAAGUUCUAUAAUGAUGAAAUAAUAGUUUUGAAAAAAACUGUCCUGAUUGUGGCUCAAUGAACAUCUAAUUUGGUUUGUUCUCAGAUGAACAACAAGUUGAGUAAGGAAGUUUUUUUGUGGAAGUUGAAGGAAGAAAAGAGGAUAAGACUGACGGAGUCACAGCCAGAAAAUGUUGAUGACAGUGUUGAUUUCUAUUCACUGUUCCCCCUCCCAGUUAAAGUCUGUCACAGUCACAGCCAAUUAUACUGUAAAGCUGGUUAAACUAGAAGUUAUGUUGUUGUAAGGUGUACUAAAUUUUUGUUCAUGUGCCCCUUUUGAGCUAUGAGCACCUGCCCCUCCAUCAGUCUCUGCACGGCCCUGUUGCAGUGUAGUGCUUUAAGACCAAUCAGCAGUAACCCGGUUCAGCAACACAAUGAACAUGGAUGAGACGUUAAUAAACACUACAAAAAGUUUGCUCAACGUUUUUUUGUUGUGGUUUGUUUCCUGAAUAGUGGUGGUUUUGGUGAUGCUGAAAUUUCGCCCGACUCUAGUAGAUUUUUGUUUCAUAAAACAAAAAAUAAUUCAUGCAUUGAUUUUCAUGUUGUCAAUAUGGAGUAUUGUGUUUAGAAUUGUGAUGGGAAAAGUUAGUUAUAUUUUGUAUUAAUAAAGUAUAACAUUAUUUUGGGGUGGGGGUGAAGUGACAUGAAUACUGGAAAAUAUUUACAGGCACUAAUUUUCUGCAUUUAGGUUAUUUUUUUUAAACUUGCAACAAAAAUCCUUGUCAUUGUUGGAUAUAGCAUGUAGAACU